AUGACAGCCAUCGAGUUCAUGCCCGACAGGACCCACCAGGCCGGCGGCAUCGUCCCCCUCGGCGCCACCGCGGCCGCCGCCACCAACAACGGCAAUGCCGCCGCCGUGCCCAGGCGGAGGCUGGAGGGGAAGGUGGCCAUCGUGACCGGCGGCGCGCGCGGGAUCGGGGAGGCGAUCGUGCGCGCGUUCGUGCGGCACGGCGCGCGCGUGGUGGUCGCGGACAUCGACGACGCGGCCGGGGAGGCCCUGGCGGCCGCGCUGGGCCUGGGCGGCGCCUGCUGCAGCUACGUGCAUUGCGACGUGUCCCAGGAGGCCGAUGUGGAGCGCGCCGUCGGGUGCUGCGUCGCGCGGUACGGGCGGCUCGACGUGCUCUGCAACAACGCCGGCGUGCUGGGCCGGCAGGACCCGCCGGCCGCCAACGGUACCAAAAGCAGUGGCGGCGGCAUCGCGUCCCUGGACGCCGCCGAGUUCGACCGCGUGCUGCGCGUGAACACGCUCGGCGCGGCGCUCGGCAUGAAGCACGCGGCGCGGGCCAUGCUGCAGCGGCGCGGCGGCGGCGGGGGCAGCAUCGUGUCGGUGGCGAGCGUCGCCGGCGUGAUGGGCGGGAUGGGCCCGCACGCGUACACGGCGUCCAAGCACGCGCUGGUGGGGCUGACCAAGAACGCGGCGUGCGAGCUCGGGGAGCACGGCAUCCGCGUGAACUGCGUGUCCCCAUUCGGGGUGGCCACGCCGAUGCUGGUCAACGCGUGGCGCCACCGCAGCCAUGACGACGACGAGGAGGCAGACGGGAUCGCACCUGCGCCGCCGAGCGAGCAGGAGGUGGAGAAGACGGAGGAGAUGGUGCGUGGCCUGGCGACACUCAAGGGCGCGACGCUGCGAGCCGGGGACAUCGCGGAGGCGGCGCUGUUCCUGGCCAGCGACGAGUCGAGGUACAUCUCCGGGCACAACCUCGUCGUCGACGGCGGCGUCACCACCUCCCGGAACGUCAUCGGGCUGUGA